AUGGCGGCAACCCCCGCCUUCAGCCACAUGGAAAAGAUCACGACGAUCACCGAAGGUCUCAUUUCACUCGGAUACCCCGUAAACUUCAUCACUGGGCCAGACUUCAAAGACACUAUUGAAGCAAUGGGCGCAUCAUAUAUCCCCAUCGAAGGUCAGGGAAACUUCAUCCUGUCCGACGAAGACCUAGCAACAUUCGUCAGUCUGCAAGGCAACGAGCUCGAAGUCUUCGCUACGACAGCUAUCUUCAUCAAGACCAUUCCUAGACAUUACCGCACGCUGCAACGAACCUUCCAAGAGUUCCGUGACCAAUAUGGCGAGAAAGAGAAGAUGAUUUACAUCUUCGACUUCACGUUCGGUGGCUCAUACCCUGUCGCCUACGGCGCACCUGGCAUUCGUCCUGACGCAGCGAUUGCUAUAGGUCUGGCGCCAUAUGUGGCGGCUAGUAACGAUACGUUCCCUUUUCGUUCGGGAAAGCACCCAGAUACAAGUCCAGAGAGUAAGAGGAUCCAUUUUGAAGCACAACAGGCCCAGAACAGGGACCAUCCUAUCGAUACUCCUGUCAAUGAGGCUGCCAAUGCCAUGCUCCGGCAGAUGAAUGCGACGAGAGAUGUGCCAGGCUUUAACGAGAUGGCGAGUUCUGGGUCAGAUAUAUUUCUUCAAUACGGCGUUCCGGCCUUCGAAUAUGAACGCAGUGAUUGGCGACCGAACCUUAAGUUCAUGGGUGCACCCGUGUCCGUGGGGAUCGCAGACCACACGCUCCCGGAGUGGUGGAACGAUGUGCUUGAUGCAAAGGCAGCUGGAAAGAAGAUUGUUGCUGUGUCUUCCAGCAGUGUGGUCUUCGAUACGAGUGCGCUUAUCAAACCAGCUUUGGAAGCAUUCGGUGGUAGGGAUGAUGUGUUCGUCAUUGCUACGUUGGUUACGUCGGAUGUCGAAACGCUUGACUUCGAAAUCCCAGAGAAUGCUAGAGUUGCAAAGUUCAUUCCUCUGGACUUGGCUCUGCCUUACGUAACUGUGCUAGUUACAAAUGGCGGAUACGGCACUGUUCAACAAUCACUCCGUGCUGGUGUGCCCAUGAUUAUCUCUGGAGUUGGACAAGACAAAUUGCAUACUGGAGCUCUCAUCAACUACAAAGGCUUUGGCAUAUACAAUGCUUUACCUCAGGUGACUGCUGAACUCCUGACUGAGUCUUUCGAUAAGAUGAUGGGUGAUGCAACAUAUCAUGAGAGACUUGGUGCCGUAAAAAAGGACUACGCGAAAUAUAAUGCGGUGGAAAUUGUGGAUGAGACGAUCAAACAGGUACUCAAGGGUGAAGUGGCCAUCUAG